UUUGUUAUGUGGUGACCACAGUUCUGGAUGACGCCCCCCCUGGCACACAGGAAUACAUUAUGUUACGGCAAGAUUCCAUCCAAUCUGCGGAAUUAAAGAAAAAAGAGUCCCCCUUUCGUGCUAAGUGUCACGAAAUCUUCUGCUGCCCGCUGAAGCAAGUACACCACAAAGAAAACACAGAGCCCGAAGAGCCUCAGCUUAAGGGUAUAGUCACCAAACUCUACAGCCGACAAGGUUACCACUUGCAGCUGCAGGCAGAUGGAACCAUCGACGGCACGAAAGACGAGGACAGCACUUACACUCUGUUUAACCUCAUCCCUGUGGGUCUUCGAGUGGUGGCUAUUCAAGGAGUUCAAACUAAGCUGUAUUUGGCAAUGAACAGCGAGGGAUACCUGUACACCUCGGAACACUUUACACCUGAGUGCAAAUUCAAAGAGUCGGUGUUUGAAAAUUAUUACGUGACCUAUUCGUCGAUGAUCUAUCGUCAGCAGCAGUCAGGCCGAGGGUGGUAUCUGGGUCUGAACAAAGAAGGAGAGAUCAUGAAAGGAAACCACGUGAAGAAGAACAAGCCUGCAGCCCACUUUCUGCCCAAACCACUCAAAGUGGCCAUGUACAAGGAGCCGUCACUGCACGAUCUCACGGAGUUCUCCCGGUCCGGAAGCGGAACCCCAACCAAGAGCAGAAGUGUCUCCGGCGUGCUGAACGGAGGCAAAUCCAUGAGCCACAACGAAUCAACGUAGCCAGUGAGGGCAAAACAAGGGCUCUGUAACAGAACCUUACCUCCAGGUGCUGUUGAAUUCUAGCAGGUCCUUCGCCCAAAAGUUCACUUUUGUCAAUGACGUUUACCAAACAAACAGGCAGAGUUCACUAGUCUAUCUGCCAUUAAACCUUUCGAUCAUCCAUACUGAAGCCCCCUAAUUUCGAUUGAGCUUGUGCAAAAGAAUGCCAAGCAUGAUCAGUGAACUAAAUCCUGGAGAGAAGGGCCUGCCCAAUUUUCUCAUGAUCUCACCUGUGCUUUGGGGAUGAAAAGCCAAAAACAUUUCACAGCACUAAUGCUGAUAAAAAUUUGCUCUCCAACCAAGACAAUGUAAAAGACCACAAUUGCUCUUCAAAAACAAAAACAAAGCAAAACAAAAUUAAGCGCUUAAAUGUUUCGUAGGGGCAAACAAAACUUCUUGUGACCUGUGUUGUUUUCUUGGCUUCAUGUUUUCCAUCUACGCUUGAUUCAGACGUAUUCUUUACUUGGUAAUAUUGUGACUCCAUGAUUUCUGAAAUUCAAUGGUUCUACUGACUCUGUCACUUAAUCCCAAUCAACCAAAUUCAGGGUUGAAUCUGAAUUGGCAUCUCAGGCUCAAGGUAACAGUGUUCUUGUGAUUCUACCAUUUUUUUUUUUUUUUUUAGAUUUGUAGUGUAUUCUGGUCAAGUUCUUGUGCUGUAUUCUGUGCAUAGAGAUUGAGUUGUAUUGUCAACCCCAGUCCGUAAAGGUUACUUAAAAAAAAAAAAAAAAAAAAGAUUAUCCUCAAGUGUAGAUUUCUCUUGAUUCCAUUUGUGUUAUCAUGUCAAACUAUCGUUGUGGCUUCUCGUACAAAGACACGAACUGUGGAACCGUGAUGUCGUCUUUUGUGUUGUUAUGAUAAGAAGCGUCCUAUCUGUAUAUGUACGAGUCCUGCUGUUGUUGUAUUUGGCAUGUGAAUAUUGUGUACAAGGAAAUGUUAAGACUGGUUACCCCUAACCAACAUAUACUUAUACUUGCUUCUGGAAAAGUGUUUAAGACUUAGCUAGGUUUCCAUUUAGAUCUUCAUAUCUGUUGCAUGGAAGAAAGUUGGAAUCUUGGCAUAGAGUUGCAUGUUAAAAUCUGUGUUCCUAAAGUGGACAUAGCAUGUGCAGGCAGUUUUCUGUCCUGUGCACAAAAAAAAAAGUGAAAAAAAAAGUUGUUUAAUAUUUGUUGUUGUAUACCCAAAUACGCACCAAAUAAACUCUUUAUAUUCAUUCAAAGAAAAAUC